AUGUCGUCUUCUAGGAAUACAUCUGCGAGUACUCUUCUUCUUCAUUUGACAGGAGAGGAUGAAUACAGUGAAGAGGAGGAAGAGGAUGAACCAUAUUCUAGUCAUGAGGAGGAGGUUGAUGAUGAGCAAUUGGUGGAUGAUGAAUGGUAUGCCCCAUCGGUGGGUAGUAAUCAGAAUAAGGAGAAUCAGCAACAACCACACGAUGAAGAAUCAAGUUCAUUAUGGGAUACUCAAGGCGUUGAUAUAUUGAAAUUAGCCUCUUCUCAAAAACUUGAUCCAUCCAAUUCCAAGCAUCAUUCUUUAAAACAAUUUCUCAAAUCUACUCAACCGUCCAAAAAGAAGGCCUCUCCUUCUCAAAUCAUUCCCAUGACCGAUCCUAAAGAAAUUGAAUUAUUCUAUGAACAAUUGAAAAUCAUUAAGAAAGAUCAUCAUGAAGAUGAUGAAAAGCAUCCAGCUCUCAAUUUCUCUCUUCAUCACUUUUCAUUACAAUCUCCACUCUCUCAGACUGCAACUUCCAAUAAGUGCUCCAUUUCUCUCUUUAAUGAACAUGCCAACACUCUCAAAAUUUAUUCACAUGGCAUAUCGGACCGAUACGUCCAAGCGUGUAAACGUGCUCUCAAUGAUCGGCCACCUCAAGUCAAACCCAAGGCAUUCCUUAAGACACUCUAUCCAGAUUACAAACAAAUGAAAUAUCAAGUGGAUCGAAAGGAGAUGAGAGAAUUGAACUUUUCAAAAUUGUUAGGAUAUGCCACAUGUUACAUUCCAAAACUAAAUUCCAUUUUCAUUCAUGGUGGUACUAACCAAAGCACCAAUGCUCAAAGUAACGACGUUUAUAUUUAUAAUAUUCAUCAAAAUAGUUUUCAUAUAUUGGAUUUCUUGAAUCAAACUAAUAAUCGGCGAUAUCAUUCAUGUUAUUACCAAGGAAUGUCUAAACAUUUUAUGAUAUAUGUUGCCCAAAAGGAUUGCAUUUUAAUAUUUGGAGGUGGAACGGUGAAAGCAUUGACUUUUAAGAAAGUACUUUCGUUAUCUUCUCAGAGAAAUGGUAGUGGGCUGAGCAGUAGUCAUUCCACGAGUAGUAGUAAUGCUGUUGCCACCAAUUCAUUUGAUGAAAUGAUUCAUCAUCUCAAAUGGGGUAUCAAGCAGUACGACCAAUAUGCUCAAAAAUUUUUUUAUUCCCAGUCAGUCAUUCCAUUCCUCAAUCAAGCAUCAUUCGACUUUUCAGAAUAUUGUAAUUUUCAGCAUGUACUAGAUCCCUCCACUCUCACCCUGUAUUUAUUUGGUGGCAAAUUUAAGCGUUCACACCAUCGAGAGCUUGAUGAAAGUCAUCUCAUUUUCAAAAUUGAAAUUGUACCUCAAACCAAUGCUCUUGUGAUUGGUAACCAACACUUUCCUGUGGCAUUUCAGUUGAGUAUUCUCAUUCCAUCACACAAAUAUCAAAGUUAUUCAUCAAAGAUUCUAAAUUUUCCCCAUAACCGAUGCUCAUUUCAAUCCAAUUCAUUGAUAUGUAUGAAAUGUAGUGAUAGUGACGAAGCCAAUAACCAUACUACCACUUCCUUAGGAGCAAUUCCAGUCACAAGCACAACCAUUGCUUCGCUUCUCUCUCAUCGUAAACACAUGAGUACAUGUUUUGUUCCCUCCACUCAUGAAAUUUAUUUUUAUGGAGGUCAUGAGCAAAAUCAAUGGAGAAAUGAAAUGUAUUGUUUCAAUACUGAAUUGAAUCGAUGGAGUAUGAUGGAUAUGAAUUAUUCCUAUUUGGAUAUUGAGUCACCAAUCUCUACCUCGUUGAUGAAUAUUCACAGCGCUGCUACUGACAGCACGACACACACAAAAAUCCCUCAACUCACACCGAAUCCGAGAAGAAUUGUUCCUACCAUGACUGUCAAUUAUGACUCCAAGUCUAUGCUGCUAUUUGAUCGUAUAGAUGGCAGUAUUUAUUGCUAUUCCUUUUCACAAUCUUCAUCAGGUAAACAAUCUGCAUGGAGUGUCAUUCAUCCAUUAGGAAUUCAAAGUCAUACAGAUUAUAUUAAUUGCUCACGAAUAUUACCUACUCAAAAUAUUGUGUCACAACCUUAUCAAACAAUGCCUCAAUCCUAUUAUCAAGUAUUGAGAGUGGGUGAAAAGUUGUAUAUUUUAAAUACAACAACUAGCACUAUGAGUGGUACUGAAAAUAGUGGCAAUACUAGUGGUAGAAAUAGUUUAUACUCAUGUAAACAUUUCUUCCCUAUUCAAAUUCUUACAAAUCCUAUUGUGAAUACGAACGACAUUAAUAUUUUGAGUCAUAUUUCAUCUAUUUAUCGCUCUCAAGAAUAUGUUGACGUGAAAUUUGUUGUCAAAAAGUUCAAAAAGAAUGAUUCAUCAGGUGGUUGCAAUAGUGGCAAUGGGAAUGAGAAUCAUCUAGAUGAAUACGAAUAUUUCACAGGCCACAAAUCAAUCAUUUCUUGCCGAUGCUCAUAUUUGAAAGAAUUAAUACAACAAUCGAAUUACUAUGAAGAAGAUAAUGACUCCAAUAAGAACUAUUACUAUCAGAGUAGCAAUAACAGUAACACUCGAAUGCUCAUUGUUAAAAUUGAAGAUGCCACCUCUGAUCUAUUUAAGGCCAUUUUAGAUUUUAUUUACUUGGGAGAAGUGCAUUUACAUGAAGACGAUUCUGCAUCCAUGUUAAACGAUACAGCGAUGAAUGAUAAUAUUCAGAAAGAAGCAGAAAAAUUCACAAUUGUGAAUCGAUUUCUUUCAAUUUGUAAGAAAUGGAAUUUCAAGAGUGAAUUCUUUGAGAGUUUGUGUCAAUUUGAUCAAUCCAUUCAUUUGGACGUCUAUACGAGAAUUAUUUCAGAUUUUGAAAGGGAUAUUGCAAGUAUGGUGAAUAGUAACGAAUCAUUUGCAGAUGUGAAAAUAAUAUUGGAGGAUGAAGAUUAUAUUGAAGGAGAAGAAGAUGAGAUGAAAUUAUUGACAGAACAUUUAAAGAAUAUGAAUUCACAAGAGGAAACGUAUGACGAGGAGGGUGAACAAGAAAUGGAAAACAUUAUUGAACUACCUGUGCCUCAUCAAUGUCAUUAUGAAAUGGUUCAAGUUCACAAGUGCAUGAUUAUUCGUUCACCUUUCUUUGCAAAAAUGUUCGAACAUGGAUUUACUGAAUCUCUGACCAAUACUAUUCGAUUCAAGUCGAAUGUGCUCGAUAAGAAUGCAUUGAUACAAGUAUUGCAUUAUAUUUAUACAGAUCGCUCGACAGAGAUUACUCCUGCAAACUGUAUUGGAAUAUUGGUUUAUUCGCAAAUGUUUGGUUUAUCUCAAUUGGCAUCAAAUUGCAGAAAUAUGAUUCGUGCAAACUUGACGCCACAUAAUUGCGCUGCAAUUUUAGAAAUUGCACAAGUUUACAAGGAUCAAGCUUUGGAAAGGGAAGUCAUUGAAUAUAUUUGCAAGAACACAGAAGCGUGUGAUUUGAUCUUGCAGUCCGAUCAUGUCAGCACAGAAUCUAAACUGGCGAUCAAAAAGAAGUUGAAAAAGUGA